GAGCCCAUUAUAAGAAGGCAUGGUGGGGAGAGAGAAAUUCAAGAAAGAAGAAGCAGCAAUGAUGGCUACAAAGCUCUUUCUUUUCCCUCUUCUGAUAUGUGUUUCUUCUUUCAUCCAAACACCCACAUUUGCUAGCAAUAAGAAAUCUUAUGUCGUGUAUUUUGGAGCCCACUCUCAUGGCUCCCAACCUUCUUCCAUCGACUACGAACGAGUCACGAACUCCCACCACGAGUUCUUGGACUCGUUUGUCGGGAGCAAAGAGAAGGCAAAAAAUGCCAUCUUCUACUCCUACACGAAGCAUGUGAACGGUUUCGCCGCAAACUUAGAAGCGGAGGAAGCUAAGGAGAUAUCAAAGCAUCCGGAUGUUAUAUCGGUUUUCAGGAACAAGAUGGCGAAGCUACACACGACUCGGUCCUGGGAGUUCCUAGGGCUGGAGAAGAACGGUAAGAUUCCUGAAACAUCGUUGUGGCAGAAAGCGAGGUUUGGCGAAGAUAUAAUCAUUGGGAAUAUCGAUUCGGGGGUUUGGCCGGAAUCGGAGAGCUUCAAUGAUGAUGGAAUGGGGACCAUUCCAAAGAGGUGGAAGGGAUCAUGUGAUAGUAAUGGUGGAGUUCGUUGUAACAGGAAGUUGAUCGGAGCCAGAUACUUUAAGAAAGGCUACGAGGCAGAAAAUGGCCCAAUCAACGCCACACUCUCAACGGCACGUGACACCGAUGGCCAUGGGACCCACACCCUCUCAACGGCUGGUGGUGGCUUCGUCCCAGGAGCAAACAUCUUCGGUUAUGGCUACGGUACAGCGAAAGGCGGAUCACCCAAUGCACGUGUGGCCGCAUACAAAGUCUGCUGGCCUGGCUGCUUUGACGCGGACAUCAUCGCAGCCUUUGAUGCCGCUAUCCACGACGGCAUCGAUAUCUUAUCAGUCUCUAUCGGUCCGAAUGAGAUAUACACCGAUUAUCUUCAAAAUGGGGGCGAGAUCGGAUCGUUCCAUGCAAUAAUAAAAGGAAUCCCCGUCAUCUGCUCUGCUGGCAACGAAGGCCCAGGUAAUGGUACGGUUCAGAACGUGGCCCCUUGGAUCAUGACUGUAGGAGCCAGCACAAUGGAUAGGGAAUUCCCAUCAUACGUCCACCUCGGCAAUAACAAGCACAUCAAGGGACAGAGCCUCUCAGCAACAUCCCUUCUGGCAGACAAAUCCUAUCCGUUGAUCAUAUCCAUUGAUGCUAAAUCUGCCAAUUCAACGGCUAUUGAUGCUCAAUACUGUGAAAAAGGGACACUGGAUACUAAGAAAGUGAAAGGAAAGAUCGUUGCCUGCAUUGGUGGACGCAUCGAUAGUUUGGAGAUUGGCGAGGUAAUCAAAAAGGCAGGUGGCGCUGGGGUGAUAAUCGUGAAUCAGCCAGAUACUGAUUUACUGGCCAACGUUCAUGUUCUUCCAGCUGCAAAUAUCGAUUGGGAUGAUAUAGUUGCCUUAUUGUCUUACAAUGCAUCUACUGCUUCGCCAACGGCUUAUAUCAGCCGUCCCACCACGCAGCUUGGAAUCAAGCCCACACCUACUAUGGCUGCAUUCUCAUCACAGGGGCCUAAUCUCAUCACACCAGAGAUCCUCAAGCCAGAUAUUACUGCACCUGGAGUCAAUGUCCUCGCGGCCUAUACCCAAUACGUUGCACCCAGCGAUCUACCUUUUGAUCCACGACGAGUUCUCUUCAAUGUAAUGUCUGGGACAUCCAUGUCAUGCCCUCAUAUUGCCGGCAUCACAGGCCUUCUCAAGGCAAUCCACCCCAAAUGGAGCCCAUCAGCGAUCAAAUCAGCAAUCAUGACUACUGCACGAACAAAAGACAACACAGGAUCUCCCAUGAGAAACUCUUCUUUAUCUAAGGCCACACCUUUCAGCUAUGGCUCAGGACAUGUGCAUCCUAACCGUGCAGUGGACCCUGGCUUAGUCUAUGAUCUAACCGUCGAGGACUACCUGAAUUUCCUCUGCACCAAGGGAUACAACAAGACUCAAUUCGCAAAAUUCACUAAACAACCCUACGCAUGCAAUCAAAAGUCCUUAAAUCUUUUGAACUUUAAUUACCCUUCAAUAACUAUUCCUCAUCUCUCUAGCUUGACUACUGUAAGUAGGACAGUCAAGAAUGUGGGAAACCCAAGUACGUACACGGCCCGCAUCCAUGCACCGCCAGGAAUUUCUGUAUCAAUCAAGCCCAUGAGCUUGAAAUUUGAGAAGAUUGGUGAAGAAAAAACAUUUGAGGUUAGCCUACAGGCUAAGCAAGGUGGUGUGGCUGAUGAUUAUGUGUUUGGGAAGCUGAUAUGGUCAGAUGGUAAGCACUACGUGAGAAGUCCUAUUGUUGUGAAGGUGGCAAAAGCUUGAAAGGUGCAAAUUUGCUUAGUAGCUUUGUAUUGUGGCUUUUAGUAUUGUACAAGCUCAUGUCUAGCAUGAAUUAUUAAGCUAAGGUAGAAAUUAUCCUACUUAUAUUUAAGUAUAAAUUUCCUUAA